GUGAAGUGACAGGUUGAUUUUUUCCCUCCACUAGACACCUUCACGUGGGAUACUUUUGCAAGAACCUUCUUUAACACAGUUUUUUCAUAAGUAAUGAGGGAAACCGUUUUAAACUGGAGCUGGUGAGGCUGAAAGUCGGCUGGAUAAAGUGUGAAAGAGAAUUAUCUGAGUUGGGACUGGCACGUCUGCUAAUGAUGAGCAGGAAGUGAAGUUGUGUGACAAGUUGAUUCUGUCAUUCACUAGACGCUCUCCUGUGGGACACCUUUACUAGAACCUUCUCUCGACUCCUAGACAACUAUUUCAGUUUAAACCAACGCUGGUGAGGCUGAAAGUCAUGUGGAUGGAAGCGUGAAACUAAGAAGAAUCUAAGUGUGGGACUGACACGUCUGCUCAGGCCGCUGAAAGUGAAAGUGAAGCUGGUGAACCAGACUGAGGAGAGGACAACAAACAGAGGAGAGACUUUACUGUACAGACAAAAUGGAGGAGGAUCUCACCUGCCCAGUGUGCUGUGACAUCUACAAGGAUCCCGUCAUUUUAACCUGCGCUCACAGCAUCUGUAAAGCCUGUCUGCAGCAGUUCUGGGAGAGCAAAGGAUCCAGAGAAUGUCCCUACUGCAGGAGGAAGUGCUCUAAAGGAAUAUAUCCUCCUAACAUGGCGUUAAGGAACCUGUGUGAGACCUUCAUACAGGAACAAAGUCAGAGGGCUGCAGCAGGGUCUGAGGUGCUCUGCAGUCUGCACAGUGAGAAACUCAAGCUCUUCUGUCUGGAGGAUAAACAGCCUGUGUGUCUCGUGUGUAGAGACUCCAAAAAACACAACGGCCAUAAAUUACACCCUAUUGAUGAAGCAGCACUUGACCGCAAGGAGGAGCUCAAGAUCAAACUGCAGCCCUUACAGAAGAAACUGAAGACCUUUGAAGAGGCUAAAGUGACCUGUGAUAAAACAGCAACACACAUUAAGACUCAGGCCCAGCACACAGAGAAGCAGAUCAAGGAGGAGUUUGAGAAGCUUCACCAGUUUCUACGAGAUGAAGAGGCAGCCAGGAUAGCUGCACUGAGGGAGGAAGAGAAGCAGAAGAGUCAGAUGAUGAAGAAGAAGAUUGAGAAGAUGAACAGAGAGAUCUCAUCUCUUUCAGACACAAUCCGAGCCAUAGAAGAGAAGAUGGGAGCUGAUGACAUCACAUUCCUGCUGAACUACAAGAGCACAGUAGAAAGAGCCCAGUGCACACUGCAGGAUCCAGAGAGGGUUUCAGGAGCUCUGAUCAAUGUGGCAAAGCACCUGGGCAACCUGAAGUUCAGAGUCUGGGAGAAGAUGCAGGAGACUGUUCAGUACACACCUGUGACUCUGGAUCCCAACAUUGCAAGCAGGUAUCUCAUCCUGUCUGAGGAUCUGACCAGUGUGAGACUUGGUGAUGAGGAGCAGCAGCUUCCUGAUAACCCAGAGAGAUUUGAUUACUAUGCCACUGUCCUGGGCUCUGAGGGCUUUAACUCAGGGACUCACUGCUGGGAUGUGGAGGUUGGAGAGAAUAGGUGGGAUGUGGGUGUGAAGGCAGAGUCGGCCCAGAGGAAAGGAGAAUAUGGCUAUGUUAAUGGACAGUGGACUUUGUGGUAUAAUGAUGGUAAAUAUGGAGCACUUGCUCCACCACAACCCCCCACUCUCCUCACAGUGAAGCAGAAACUCCAGAAGAUCAGAGUGCAGCUGGACUGGGACAGAGGAAAGCUGUCAUUCUCUAACCCUGAUAAUAGCACACACCUACACACUCUCACACACACUUUCACUGAGAGAGUGUUUCCAUACUUUAAUGUUGGUAGAGAAUGUCCUAUGAGGAUCCUCCCAGUGAAGGCCUCAGUAAGAGUAGAGCAGCACAGUUAGAGCUGAUUCUGCCUCUUCACCAGAACUGACUCACAGAGAGGGAAGCUGGAGAAAACUGUAUGAUGAAAACAAGGCCAAGUGAACACUGCACUAAUGCCACCUCAUAUGAUAAUGUAAAGCUGAACUGCUGUGUUUUAAAUGAUGAAGACUGAAAUAAACCACCACA